CCGCGGCUGCGUCGCCAGGAGACCUUUAAUAGCAGUCACGGUCUCGGGGAAAGCCUGAUGCUGUGGAGCGUCACACUUAACAGUCUCCGAAAUCUCAUUAAAACCAGUCUCCUGAGGGAGGAGUUGAUCUUAGUGCUGCAGUUGCUCUGUGAGCGACUUGGCACUUGCUCAGGUCGUCUUGGGCUGAAAGGAUGAAAAUUGGCGAUUGGACAGUGCCAGUGACUUUGCUAAGCUUCAUCCUAACUUCUGGAGUCCCAGUGGAUGUCUUUGGGUGUACGAGCCUGCGAGAGUGUCCACUGUCCCCGUCCGUGAUUCAGACAGCGGCUUGGAGCAUGCAUCACUAGCGGGAUGGUCGGCCACCGAAGCUGCAAUGUCGUCCCUGACGACCUCCAGUGAGGGAGAGAACUCCACUCCCAGGUUUGUUGUCGGUUCCAGGGAUGAUGAGACAGACUUUCUGGGAUCAAACAUGAAGACAGACGAAACCGAUUUCUUUGAAGAUGAUGAAGAGGAGGAGUCGCCACCUGAACGGCAGAUUGUGGUUGGAAUCUGUGCCAUGACCAAAAAGUCCAAGUCAAAGCCCAUGACGCAGAUUCUGGAGCGUCUGUGCAAGUUUGAGUAUAUCACAGUGGUGAUUAUGGGGGAAGACGUUAUUCUGAACGAACCGGUGGAGAACUGGCCCUCUUGUGACUGCCUAAUAUCGUUCCACUCCAAAGGAUUCCCCCUGGAUAAAGCGGUUGCUUAUGCCAAGCUGUGCAAGCCAUUUCUGAUUAAUGACCUUGAUAUGCAAUAUUACAUCCAGGACAGGCGUGAAGUGUAUCGGAUCCUUCAAGAAGAGGGAAUAGACUUGCCCCGCUAUGCUGUGCUCAAUCGAGACCCUGAUAGGCCAGAAGAGUGCAACUUGGUGGAAGGAGAGGACCACGUGGAGGUAAAUGGAGCUGUUUUCCCAAAGCCUUUUGUAGAGAAGCCAGUCAGUGCUGAAGACCAUAAUGUGUAUAUUUACUACCCGACGUCAGCAGGUGGGGGCAGCCAGCGGCUCUUUCGGAAGAUUGGCAGCCGGAGCAGCGUGUACUCCCCAGAGAGCAGCGUGAGGAAGACAGGCUCGUACAUCUAUGAGGAGUUCAUGCCUACAGAUGGCACUGAUGUAAAGGUGUACACCGUUGGGCCGGACUAUGCCCAUGCGGAGGCUCGCAAAUCCCCUGCUUUGGAUGGGAAGGUUGAGCGGGACAGUGAAGGGAAAGAAAUCCGUUACCCAGUCAUGCUGACUGCCAUGGAGAAACUGGUUGCCCGGAAAGUCUGCGUAGCCUUUAAGCAAACGGUGUGCGGGUUCGACCUCCUGCGGGCAAACGGCCACUCUUUCGUUUGCGAUGUGAAUGGCUUCAGUUUUGUGAAGAACUCUAUGAAGUAUUACGAUGACUGUGCCAAAAUCCUCGGAAAUAUAAUCAUGCGGGAAUUGGCUCCCCAGUUUCACAUUCCCUGGUCCAUCCCAACAGAGGCAGAAGAUAUUCCCAUUGUCCCCACAACUUCAGGCACCAUGAUGGAGCUUCGUUGUGUUAUUGCAGUCAUCCGUCAUGGAGAUCGCACCCCAAAGCAGAAGAUGAAGAUGGAAGUCAAGCAUCCCCGGUUCUUUGAAUUAUUUGAGAAAUAUGAUGGCUACAAGACAGGGAAGUUGAAGCUGAAGAAACCAGAGCAGCUACAGGAAGUGCUGGACAUUGCACGGCAGCUUGUGGUGGACCUGGGAACCCACAGGGGAGUGGAGUUGAUUUGUUUACAGGGGGAGUGGAGUUGAUUUGUUUAUAUUUCUUUCCCCUCUCCCUGUGACAGGUACGGACAUUUUUCUGGCAUUAACCGUAAGGUUCAGCUGACCUAUCUGCCUCAUGGACACCCAAAAGCUGCAAGUGAAGAUGAAGAAGCUCGCCGAGAGUCUUCCCCCUCCCUUCUCCUGGUGCUGAAGUGGGGUGGAGAGCUGACGCCAGCAGGAAGAGUCCAGGCGGAAGAGCUGGGGCGAGCCUUUCGCUGUAUGUACCCUGGUGGCCAAGGUGAUUAUGCUGGCUUCCCUGGAUGUGGCUUGCUCAGGCUGCACAGCACCUACCGUCAUGACCUCAAGAUCUACGCCUCGGAUGAGGGACGAGUUCAGAUGACAGCGGCAGCUUUUGCAAAGGGUCUGCUGGCCCUGGAAGGAGAGCUGACCCCCAUCCUGGUGCAAAUGGUGAAAAGUGCCAAUAUGAAUGGUCUCCUGGACAGCGACAGUGAUUCCCUUAGCAGCUGUCAACACAGAGUGAAGGCACGACUGCACGAAAUCAUGCAGAAGGAUGCUGCGUUCUGUGAAGAGGAUUAUGAAAAGCUAGCACCCACAGGCAGUGCCUCCCUGCUCAACUCCAUGACGUUCAUCCAGAACCCGGUGGAGGUCUGUAACCAGGUGUUCACCCUGAUUGAGAAUCUCACCUCCCAGAUACAGAAACGUCUGGAAGACCCAAAAUCUGCAGACCUGCAGCUGUACCACAGCGAGACUUUGGAACUGAUGCUGCAACGCUGGAGUAAGCUGGAGCGAGACUUCCGCAUGAAGAAUGGGCGCUAUGACAUCAGCAAGAUCCCCGAUAUCUAUGACUGCAUCAAGUACGAUGUACAGCACAACUGUGCGCUGAAACUGGAAGGCACGGCCGAGCUCUUCAAACUCUCCAAAGCCCUGGCAGAUGUGAUCAUACCCCAGGAAUAUGGGAUUAAUAAGGAGGAGAAACUGGAGAUUGCUAUUGGCUUUUGUCUUCCUCUCAUUAAAAAGAUCCAGUUGGACCUACAGAGAACCCAUGAAGAUGAGUCUGUCAACAAACUCCAUCCCUUGUACUCAAGAGGAGUUCUGUCACCAGGUCGCCAUGUUCGGACACGGCUCUACUUCACCAGUGAGAGCCACGUGCACUCUCUGCUCAGUAUCUUCCGCUAUGGGGGGCUCCUGGAUGAAAACAAAGACCAGCAGUGGAAGAGAGCCAUGGACUAUUUGAGUGCUAUCUCAGAGCUGAACUACAUGACCCAGAUUGUUAUCAUGCUCUACGAGGACAACAACAAGGACCCAUCUUCAGAAGAGCGUUUCCAUGUGGAGCUGCAUUUCAGCCCUGGCGUGAAAGGCUGUGAGGAAGACAGAAACGUGCCCACGGGGUUUGGCUUUCGGCCUGCCUCCGCGGAGAAUGAGGACAAGAAAGCAGACCAAGGCAGCCUGGAAGACCUCUCCAAAGAGAAGGGCAUCGAUGAGCCAGAUCACGCACAGCAAAGGUCUCUGCAGCCUUCCGAGCCCGUUAGCAUUCAGCGAAGAUCACCGCUGAUCAGGAACCGGAAGACAGGGUCCAUGGAGGUGCUAUCUGAAUCUUCUUCCAAAUCAGGAGGUUACCGCCUCUUCAGCACUUACUCCAGGCAGUCUUCUGAGAUGAAGCAAAGUGGCUUAGGGUCGCAAUGCACCGGCCUGUUUAGCACCACUGUGCUGGGAGGCUCCUCCAGUGCCCCCAACCUCCAGGACUACGCGCGCAGCCAUGGCAAAAAGUUUGCCAGCAGCCUGACGUACAAAGACGGUUUUGAAGGCUGCUCCAUGGUUCCCACCAUUUAUCCCCUGGAGACCCUGCACAACUCCCUCUCUUUGCGGCAGGUCAACGAGUUCCUGACGGCUGUGUGCAGGAGUUGCAGUGAAUCGCAUGUCCAGUCUACCGCAGCUUUGUUUGAUUCAAUGAUUGGCAGCCAGAUACCAGGAGACCCCUUUAUGUCCCAGCAAAUCCUGUCGUCAUCCUCUUUGCCAUUGCGCCAGCGUUCGGAUAAGCCCCCUUGGUACAGCAGUGGCCCCUCCAGCACUGUCUCCAGUGCAGGCCCGUCCUCCCCAACCUCUGUGGACAACUGCGCUCGUUUCAGCUUCACUGAGAAACUUUCCAUCAGUCCCCCAAAAAGCGAGGAGCAGCUGACUCGCCAGCCCCCUGAGCAAGGCGAGGGACAGCCGCCAGGCAGAGGACUUGAUGUGGAGCUGGGGACGUCUGGGUUGUCAGGGGCAGAGCCGAGCGCCCCGGACACCCUGCCCUGGAACAAGGGCCCAGAGCCAGCCCGCGUCCUGGAGCUGUGCGAGAAGGAGCUGGCGGAGGAGGACUCCAGCCCAGAGGAGAAGAGCGUGGUGGAGCCGGAUGAAGAAGAAUCAGCUGGGGAAAUGUUAGAGCCAAGUAACACAGAGAACCCAAAGUGUGGUGCGGGGUCUGAUACAAGGCUGGCUGGGAAGAGGGUGAAGCCAGGGGAGGGAAAUACGGGGGGAGGGGUGGGCCUGGAUCAGUCAGGGCUGUCCAAGGAGAUCUUGGUGCCCUGUGAAGAGGAGCUGCUGGGAGAGGGGUUGGACCCAGAGCAUACGGGCGGGGAGCUGCUGGGGGACAGUGCUCUGCCAGGCCAGCUUCUGUCUGGUCACCCGUGCCAGGCGCAGCCACUGCCCCCUGAGACGAGCAUGGAGGAGCCGCAGCCACCGCCUUGGGAGGAUCAGCAGGAUUAGGGGCUCACUGGACAGCACACUGCAAGCGCUUCUAGCCUGGAGGCAGCCCAGCUUCCAGCACGGCACCCCAUGGAGCUGGCUGUCCACAGCACAAGCCAUGUCCCAAGGCCACAGGACUCUGGGGUGUGGAAGAGUCUGCUCUGCUCCUCCACAAGCCAGCUCUUUGCCGUUCAGCAAGACAGAAUGCCCCGUCUGCCUCGAACAGCAAAUGCAGUCUUAGCACUGGCAUGGUGCCUCCGUGGGGCAGGGACCGGGGCUGCAUGGGUGUCCCAGGGGCUGUGUGCUUGCUGGGACGGCAGAGUUAGAGGAUUGGUACAGCCAAGACUUUUGGGGUGGGAAGUCCAAAGGGGGCAGAUGGUCCCUUGAGAUUUUUUUGGCCCGUAGCCUUCAGAGAAAGGCAUUCUUGGCCCAAAGUAAUUGGAUCCAUCACAACCACCGACCUCCUCUCUGUUCCUUCCUUCUUCCUCUCUCGAUUCCCACCACUGGCCACCAAAAGCAGGUCCAGAUAGCCCAUGGCAGGAAGGCUAGGAGAAGCAGAAAGCAUUCUCAAUGAGUGUGGGAAGGAGAAUAACGAGGGGAGCAGGUUCAAGACUUCCACGGGCAAGGAAAUGCCUCUGGUGUGGAUGUGAAUGUUUUCUUCCUGGGCUGGGGCAGGCAGGAGCCUGGGAUCCAGCCUGAGAGAGGUGGGCAGGGAGGAUGCACACGGGUUUUUUUCUGGUCCCCAAGGGUCAGGCAGGGUACAGCUCUGAAGUCUUGGCGACAGAAAUUAAAAGAAACUGCUAUUUGAACAAAUCAGGAUUAUUAGAAACCAAUAAGGAGAGAUCUUUAUUAUAUAUAAAAUGAAAAGUAUUUAAUGCCUAUUUAUGUAACCGAGUUGUGAGCACAAGCCUGAGGGCAAGGCUGACACGGGUGUCCCUGCCGCACCCCGGGUGCAGGCUAGGGCUGUGCCGCCUCUAUUUAUGAACAAGUCUGUGUGUGUCUGUAGCUAGGACCUGUGUUCUUGUGAAGCUGUGCCCAAAGA